AUGGAAGGAGGAUAUCAAAGUGGGUCUAAGUUUCCGCCAGGAUUCAGGUUCCAUCCUUCUGAUGAAGAACUCAUAAUUCAUUACUUACAAAAUAAAAUCACGUCUCGUCCACUUCCAGCAUUGAUUAUUGCAGAAAUUGAUCUGUACAAGUACAACCCAUGGGAGUUACCCAAAAAGGCAUUUUUUGGGGAGGAUGAAUGGUAUUUCUUUAGCCCUAGAGACCGAAAGUACCCAAAUGGAUUAAGACCAAACAGAGCAGCGGCUUCAGGAUAUUGGAAGGCCACUGGUACGGACAGGCCUAUACUUGGCUCUUGCGGAUCAAAGCGCAUAGGAGUGAAGAAAGCUCUGGUUUUUUACACAGGUCGCCCUCCCAGAGGGGCUAAGACAGAUUGGAUUAUGAAUGAAUACAGAUUAGUUGACACAACCAGCAAACCUUCCAGGUCUAAAGGCUCCAUGCGACUGGAUGACUGGGUGUUGUGUCGGGUUCGACACAAAGGAUGCUCAUGGAAGAGUUCUGGUGAGAAUCAGGAGCAUCAUUGUGAACCAAUUUUGCAGGCAAACCUUCCAUGCUGCGAGCAAUUCCCAGGAAACACAAACCUUGACACUAACAUCUUCACAGAUUAUCAAUACAAAGACUAUCGGAUCUUAGCCUCCAUUCUGGUGGGCGAGCCUAUACUUCCCAUAGGUAACAAGUCAAGUAUGAGCUUUAAAGGCAGCAAAGGCGACGACCUCAGUUCAGUGCGCCGCUACCUCGACAACUUGAGUACAAAAUCUAUUGAAGAUAAUCAAUACGAGAAUCUCAUUUCUUUUAACAAUGCCCUUCAUAUUGAGAACAAAAUAGAUCAUUUUACUGGCAAGGCGCUGCUGAGUAGUGACAUGUACUGCUGUAGUCGAAAUUGGUCUCAAGAUGGCAUCCUCAAUUAGAUCCCACCAGAUCCUACCAUCAAUUUGGAAGAACCUAAUAAAUUGGACUCCACGGGAAGAUACUCACAUGAAAGAGGAUCAACUUUCAGGGUGCAAACUAAUCGUUACUCUACGUUUCCUUGUUCAUAGUUACAAUUUCUGGUACGUGAAACAUGUGGAUAUGAUCUCAUGCGAAAGCGUCCAUAUAUUCAUGAUGGG